CAAACGAAACGAAUAAUGAAUUGCGAACCACUGAAAGAAGGGAGUUUUAAACCGCUUCAGCUGCAACCGGGAUACAUUGCACAAAACAUAUUGUCGCAACGAGACAAACUAAACAGAUAUCACAGUGUUUAUUACUAUCCUGUACCAGAAGGUAAAAGUGGACAGCAAGUAGUUGAUGGCAUUCAGAAACAAAUUGAGUUAUUAGGUGCUGUUAAAACAGGAAAUUUUUGCGUUGAUUGUGAAACAUUUCAGGCAGGAUCAGGAAUACAGAACACACCACAGAGACAAGUGAACAUACUACACAGUAGUGAACAACCAGCUUCAUGUUUUGCUAUUCUAGACACAGGAACUUGUUUGGUGGCUGAUGCUUUAUUUGAUGGUCUCAUGCAGAAAUUAAAACAUUAUUAUCAACAAAGAAAGGGCUCAAAAAUAGAAUCAAAGGGUCAAAGAUAUGAAUAUGGUGAUUUUAUCUUUAAGGUUGGGUCUGUGUCACAAGCAUCUAAUUUUAAAGGGAUACUUAUUGAGAUAGAAUAUUGUCCAUGUGUGGUAGCUGGUGAUUGUAUGAAUUUAAUGAAAGAGAUGUCACAGAGUCUUCUAGGUAGUGCAGUAGCAGAACAACAGUCUUCAUUUCUUAAAACUAAAACAGAUAUGAUCUAUACCCCUGCGGACACAAUGUCUCAAUAUCUUGAACAUUUUAACAACUUUAAAAAAGCUACAUCAGUUAAUCAGGCCAUGAAUAGAUGAAAACAUUAUAUGAUAUUACAGUGGAAUAUACAUCCCAGGUUUUGUCAGAAUCUAGCACCAUAAGGCCAAAAUAGUGUUAAUUGUAAACUGUUGUCAACAGCCAUUAAUAAUUACUCGCCCCCCCCCCCCCCCUUUAGUUUACAGGAAUUUGAACUUUGUGACCUUGUAGAGGAAAGUCUGAUAUUGAUAAUGAUCUAUAAUUUUGUUAUAUAGUAAAGGUUACAGUGGUUUGGGUUGGCAGCUAUCUGGUUAUGUUGACAACUAACUCAACUCUAGUAACUAUUCUGACUGAUUUGUUUAGUUUGUGCUGCAAGAUAGAAAAAUAUUUAUAUAAGGUCUUUUGUAUCUUUCAUCACCAAGCAGCAAACAUAUAUACAAACAAAAGUUUUAAAAUCUUAAUGAGAUCUUACAGGAAUGGACAUUUUGAUGUACUAAUAACUAUGCUGUCCAUUUCAAAAUUCGAAAUGAGGAUGUUUUUUUAUGUUUAUAUUGUUUACAACAAACUUGAUCUUUCUUCCCCAGAAGGUAACAGUUUUAAGAUAUUUUAUAUGUCAAAUUUAAUGUAUUCUUAUUGGUGAAAGUACAAAUUUUAGGUGUUUAAGUGCAGCAUUCCUAGAUAUCCAUAUAACUAUAAGAGUAUGUAAAUUGAUUGUAGACAUUAGCUUGUCAUUAUAAUGAGAGUCUGAUAUUAACCAUCUAUAAAGAAGUAACACUUAUGUCAGUGUGGUAUUACAGUGGAUAUAUCAUAUCCAUUCUGAAACAUUUCCAAAUUCAUAAAAUGAACAUGCAAUUAUUAGUAGGUGGACAGUAAGUUUAUUGUAUUCUGUCAUUUUAUUGUAUCAAAACAAUUGAUUAUAAAUGAUUACAUUACCA